AUGUGCUACCCCCAGCUGAGCUCAGUGAGGGUGAAAGAGCUGUGUGAGCUGCUCAGCUACUGGAAUGGAGCCAGCUUUAUCUGCAAGAGCCAAAUUGAGCGAUUUAUCAGAAUGGGUAUCCCUCCAAGCCUGCGCGGCAGAGUAUGGAAGUGCCUGCUUACCACUGAUAUUUUGAGAGAUGCCAGUGACUUCAACUACCAGACAUGUUUGUCUGAGGUGCGAGGACCUUUGGUCGACCUGGGAGUCAGUGAAUACAGCAUCUUGUCUGCAAUCACUACACUGAGCGACACUCAGAACGACCUGGGCUUAAACCGUCAACAGUCCACAAGCCCUUCAAAGCCCCGCUACUCUGUCGAUGACAUCACACUCUUCAGACAAAUCGCCCUGGACCUGCAGCGUUCCUUCCCUACUCAUCGGUCCUUGAUGGGAGAAAGUCCCGAGGCCAUCGAGGGUCAAGCGAAACUCUUCAGGGUCCUAAUCGCCUGCGCCAGAUACAACCCAAAGGUUGGAUACACCCAAGGGAUGUCCUACAUAGCAGCAGUGCUGCUGAUGGAGUUGGGGGAGGAGGAGGCCUUUUGGGCUCUGGUGGCUUUGUUGGAUAAACCCAAAUAUCUGGGAGAAAUGUUUGACCUUAGUCUCACCAAGGUGCAGCACCAGGUAAAGGUGUUUGACCAGUUCUUAAAACACAGGAAGCCCGAGCUCUCCAAGCACAUGGAGUCAGUGGGAAUCUCGUCAGUCCACUUUGUGAUGCCGUGGUUCCUGACCCUUUUCACUUCCCUGCCCUGCUGGGACUCUGUUCUGGCUGUCUGGGAUCUCAUCAUUCUACACGGCUUGUCAGCUGUCUUCCGUACCGCUCUGACCAUCGUUGAGCUCUUGGAGCCCCGACUAAUGGACCUGAAAGAUGAAGGAGCAAUAUUACCCCUGCUGUUAAGAGUACCUGUUGAUGUGGCCCAGUAUACGGUGUUGGUUCCUGCCCUGUGGAAUACAGAGGUCCAAGACUGGGAGCUUAAAUGCAUGAACAGCCUGGAGCUGGAAGAAAGCCACAAUGAACCAAAAGCAGAACAAAGUGAAACUCAGGGCACACUGUCUGAUGAAGUCACAGAAGGAAAAGAGAAAGAAAAUGUAUCACCAGCAUCUGUGGGAGAAAAGACCACUGAGAAGGUCACACUUCCAGGUGCUGUAAAUAUACUGACACGGGUGAUGCGCCUGGCUCAACGGCACCUUUUGGACCCAAUGGGGCGACAGCGGGUCGAAAAAAAGAGUUCACAAACACAGGAAGCACCCAGACAGCAGAGUCCUGCAACUGGACGCUUCUGCAGGAGUCGGACCUCGGCUUCAUUAACACAAGCGCAGAUUCGAUCCAGGAGGCGGACGCAGCAGAGAGGCGUCACGAAUCAGCCAGUAGUGGAGGAGAGCAGUGACGAUGUUGCUGUGGGAGAUGCAGAAGAUUGCGAAAAAACCGAAGGGUCAGAGCAAACUUUAAAGAGGUCAGGUACAGGACCUGUUGGCAAGGUGGUUCACGGUCGGAGCAAUCACAGCCGAGUCAAGUCUUUCCGUCUUCUUCGAAGCGUCAAGAGCCCAGUUAAGCAGGCCCCUCCCCCCUCUUCCUCCUCUGUUCCCGCUUCAUCCUCCACUCUUCCAUCUACCCGUAGUCCACCUUCUACUCUUCAGCCCUCCAGUGUUCCUAAAAGUGGGGAGCAGAACGACUCGCCCAGGACAGCUCUCAUCAAGGAGUUGUCAUCCAGACAGCAGAACAGCUUCCCGUUCAGGAAGGCCAAAGAGUCGAAGCUGAUCUGACACUGAAGGAAGAAGAAAAGAUGUGAUGGAAGAAGGGAGGAAUACAAUGCUUAAACCUUACUAUGUAAUUUGGUUUGGGAUCUGGAAUAGUUGGUAAAGGAUGUGUGAUUAAGUUGCACCUCAAACACACCCAGAUCAUCUGAGGUCAAUCUGAUUUUAUAGUUUGUGCUGAGCUGUAUAGCCAAGUGUGAAACCUGCUAACUGUUUUAUGUAGUUUGAUUGUGUAACUGAAAUUUUAUUGUGUACUUAUUUUCUGUCUACUGGUGCAAUGUAUUUCUUCAAGUUGAAUCAUAAAUGCUUAACACUGACAUUUUAUUCCCUUUAGCAGCUGACACUAAUAAAUUAUGAUAUUGUUUUUGAAAGUGACACGUUAUUUAUUUAGGAGCAUGCCCAAACUGCACUCUGCGUUGGUUGUGCCAGUUUUCCAUCAGACUAUCAAAACCACCGUCUUACUAUGUAAUUAUUCUGAACCAGUAUUGGAACUCUUAUCAGUCACACCCAGAAAGUGUCACCAGUGCUCAGUCUUUGAUGUUUGUGUUCACUGCAUUUAAAUUGAGUGGAAAAAGCUUUGGAAAUUGGGUCAGUUUGACUGGUUAUUGGUGCAGUUGUGCUCCGGGAUAAAAGCGGUGGCUUCUGGUUAAAAUGCUGAAAAUGACCACGUUCUACAGACGAGGACUGUCUUGUAAACAUAAACUGUCAUUCCUCCCUCAGACUCAAAAAUAGCAAGA